CUGGACGAGCUAUCCGCGGCGACCGACGACUUUGCCGAGGCGCGCAAGGUGGGCGAGGGAGGCUUCGGGCGCGUCUACCGUGCCGACGCGCUGCCGUCGCUCCCGCGCGUCGCUUGCGGGUUCGCUGUCAAGACGGCGCUGGUCGGUGUCGGCGCCCAAGGCCUCGCCGAGCUGCAGAGCGAGGUGCGCACGCUCAGCGCGGCGUGCCACCCAUCUCUCCUCCCUCUCCUCGGAGCGUGCCUGGCACCUGAGCGCACGUGCCUCGUCUACCCCCUCUGCCGCGGCGGCAGCCUCGAGGACCGCCUCUACCGCACGCCAGCCGCGCUGCAGCGGCUCCACAUGCUCGGCUUCGAGACGCCGCCUCCGCCGCUCUCCUCCGCCGCACGGCUCCGCAAGUUUACCUUACCUUACCUUACCUUGAUCCUGCACCGCGACAUCUCGGCGGGCAACAUCCUGCUCGACGAGCGCGGCAACGGCUACCUCGCCGACGUGGGCCUCGCGCGGGCGGCAGAGGCGACGGCCGGCAGCAGCCAGCAGGUCUCGCACUUGUCGACGCAGCGCAUCUUCGGCAAGCCCGGCUACAUGGACCCGAUCAUCAUGCAGGAUGGCCAGGCCAGCGUACUGACCGACGGCUAUGCGCUCGGCAUCACGUUGCUCGUCAGCUUGACCGGCCGCGGCGCUCUC